AUGGAAGAUAAGGUGGAAUGUACUAGGAGGGCGCACGUCGGAGACAGUAGUCCCAACUGCCCGCACGGCCCAACUGCCCGCACGGCCCAACUGCCCGCACCGCCCAACUGCCCGCACCGCCCAACUGCCCGCACCGCCCAACUGCCCGCACAGCCCAACUGCCCGCACAGCCCAACUGCCCGCACAGCCCAACUGCCCGCACAGCCCAACUGCCCGCACAGCCCAACUGCCCGCACAGCCCAACUGCCCGCACAGCCCAACUGCCCGCACAGCCCAACUGCCCGCACAGCCCAACUGCCCGCACAGCCCAACUGCCCGCACAGCCCAACUGCCCGCACAGCCCAACUGCCCGCACAGCCCAACUGCCCGCACAGCCCAACUGCCCGCACAGCCCAACUGCCCGCACAGCCCAACUGCCCGCACAGCCCAACUGCCCGCACAGCCCAACUGCCCGCACAGCCCAACUGCCCGCACAGCCCAACUGCCCGCACAGCCCAACUGCCCGCACAGCCCAACUGCCCGCACAGCCCAACUGCCCGCACAGCCCAACUGCCCGCACAGCCCAACUGCCCGCACAGCCCAACUGCCCGCACAGCCCAACUGCCCGCACAGCCCAACUGCCCGCACAGCCCAACUGCCCGCACAGCCCAACUGCCCGCACAGCCCAACUGCCCGCACAGCCCAACUGCCCGCACAGCCCAACUGCCCGCACAGCCCAACUGCCCGCACAGCCCAACUGCCCGCACAGCCCAACUGCCCGCACAGCCCAACUGCCCGCACAGCCCAACUGCCCGCACAGCCCAACUGCCCGCACAGCCCAACUGCCCGCACAGCCCAACUGCCCGCACAGCCCAACUGCCCGCACAGCCCAACUGCCCGCACAGCCCAACUGCCCGCACAGCCCAACUGCCCGCACAGCCCAACUGCCCGCACAGCCCAACUGCCCGCACAGCCCAACUGCCCGCACAGCCCAACUGCCCGCACAGCCCAACUGCCCGCACAGCCCAACUGCCCGCACAGCCCAACUUCCCGCACAGCCCAACUUCCCGCACAGCCCAACUUCCCGCACAGCCCAACUUCCCGCACAGCCCAACUUCCCGCACAGCCCAACUUCCCGCACAGCCCAACUUCCCGCACAGCCCAACUUCCCGCACAGCCCAACUUCCCGCACAUCCCAACUUCCCGCACAUCCCAACUUCCCGCACAGCCCAACUUCCCGCACAGCCCAACUUCCCGCACAGCCCAACUUCCCGCACAGCCCAACUUCCCGCACAGCCCAACUUCCCACACAGCCCAACUUCCCGCACAGCCCAACUUCCCGCACAGCCCAACUUCCCGCACAGCCCAACUUCCCGCACAGCCCAACUUCCCGCACAGCCCAACAGCAGAGCAGGGACUUGUUUAUACAUGCUGGCGCUCUGA